AUGGCACUAGUAGAGUGCAUAGAGGAUAAUUUAAUGAAGGUUCAGGAGGAGGGGUUUAUUCAGCUAGCGCAAGCAGCUUUGGAUGAUACUACACCUCAAGUGAAAGAUCCAGUAGAAAAAGUCAACAUGGGGACAACAAAGGAACCGAUGGAGGAGGCUUUUGAUAGGAUAAAAGAACAUUUGAGUCAUCCCCCUGUCUUUCGCCGUCCAAGACCUGGUAUUCCAUUAAAGUUAUACAUUUCAGCCUCUACUUAUUCUAUACCAACACUAUUGGCACAAGAUGAUACUGGUGAAGGAGUGGUGGUGGCACAAACUGAUUUGGUGAAGUAUAUGCUUACUCGACCUAUCCUUAGAGGAGUAGCGUUAAUCAGCCAAACAGGGGCUAGACAUUCUUAUUCUUUCCAACUUGAGUGGAGGUGUACCAAUGACCAAGUAGAGUAUGAGACAAUCAUUAUUGGUAUGAAACUUUUGCUGGAGAUGGGAGUGACUCAGGUUAAGGUCUUAGGUGAUUCUCUCCUCGUGAUUAACCAGUUGAAUGUUUACAAGUUGAAUGAGUUGGCACAAGUAGCCACUGUGAUUAGCUUGACAGAUGACGUUCGAGAGAGGAUUUUGAAGUAUUUAAAGAACCCUACAACACAUGUAGACAAGAAAGUCAGGUAUUUUGCUAUUAAUUAUCUACUUAAAGGUGAUGACUUGUUACGCAUGGGCGAAGAUGCAGUUGAUUUGAGGAUGCUUGGUGGUGGACAAGGGACAACUUUUAUGGCCAAAGAAACUACGGAGUUUCUCAGGGGCUACCGGAUCAAGUUUCUCCACUCUACUCUUUAUUAUGCCGAGGAGAAUGGCCAAGCUGAGGUGAGUAAUAACAUUAUUUUGUCCAUUCUCAAGCGAAUGCUAGAAGAAAAUCCAAGGGAGUGGCAUACAGAGUUGGAUAAUACAUUGUGGGCUUAUAGACUUUCUAAGCGUACUCCGACUUGCAUAACACCUUAUGCUUUAAUGUUUGGCCAUGAUGUUGUUUUACUUGUGGAGAUUAUGGUCCAAUCCCUUAGAGUUCGAGAGCAACAACAAUUGGUUGGAGAGGACUAUGUUCUGGCUAUGUACCAAGAGCACGAGGAUUUAGAUUCGAACUUUGGAGUUGAGGACUUGGUGUGGAAAACACUGUUACCUUUUGGCAAACGAACGGAAGGGCGCGACAAGUGGUCCUCUAAGUGGGAAGGACCUAUUUUCAUUGAUCAGAUUGUCUGCAAGGGGGCUUAUUACCUCAGAGAUAUUGAUGGUGAGAUUCACCAAAAUUCUAUUAAUGGUCGCCAUCUUAAGAAGUACUUUCCAAGCAUUUGGGAAUUUGAAGAUCCACCACCUAUUGUGGAAAAUAAGUGA